GAUGGGGGAUCCAGCAUUGGCUCGUCUCCAAGGGUGUUACUACCACAGGAGAACUGAGGCCGGAAUUCCGCAGCAAAAUGGUUGCCGGUAGGGGAAUCGACAAUCAUGCGGCAGCUGAGAGAUGGCGCGAGCCACAACAUGCCAAGCACUGCCACACGGGUCCUUCCGUAAUCAACAAAUUCCGCGAGCAGAAAGCGCACACCGUAUUAACUUAACAUACGAGUACGGUAACGACCCGUAAGGCACCGUAAGCCGUCAACCCUUUUUCCUAGGAGGUUUGAAAAGGCCCUCAACCCCUCUCAUUCCCUUCUCCACACAUCACAUCCCCGCACCACGGUACAAACCAUCGUCAGAUCCACCGCAAAAGCCACUACCACAAGCCACGAGCCAAAAUGGCCUCAAGGACCCUCCACCACCUCCUACGUCGGUGGCAACUGCCGAACCUCCCUUUACGAGCACGUCCCACCCACAAACCAACGGCUCUCUUCUGCAAUCUCCGCCAACCCCUUCGCCAAUCCUUCUCGACGGCAAAAACAAUCCCACCGCCACCCCCGGCGGGGCCCACCACCCUCUCCGCGAGGCUAAAACACCUCUCGCGUGAGUACGGUUAUAGUGCACUGGGCGUGUACCUCCUCCUCUCUGCCCUCGACUUCCCCUUCUGCUUCCUGGCGGUGCGGUACCUGGGCACCGAGAAGAUCAGUAAGUUGGAAGCUAGCGUCAUAGGAUUCGUUGAGCCCUAUUGGGUUUCGCUGCGGAGUGCUGUUGGGUACCCACCUGCACCGGUGCCGGUGGGGGGUGGAGGUAUGGAGGUGGAGGAGAAGGGGGGGCAAGAAGCAGUGCACGAUGCGAUGGGUGAAGCUGGGGAGGCGGCCAGUAAUUUUUCCCUUCCUCCCUUUCUUGGUUGGGAUGGUUUGGGGGAGGCGGCUAAUGUGGGGUGAUUGAUGGGAUAGGCAUAUGGACGGUACUAGCACUCGCCUACGCGGUCCACAAAUCAUUCAUCUUCAUCCGGGUACCGUUGACGGCGGCGGUGACGCCAAAGGUUGUGAAGGUUUUGAGAGGAUGGGGAUGGGAUAUUGGAAGGAAGGGCGGGACAAAGGAGGCUGUUAAACGGGCUAGAUGAGAUUAAUUGAGCUAGAAGGGGGGAGGUGUGAAGCUGUAUAAUACCUUAGGAAGUGUCCUUUUUCUUUAUUUUAUUAUUAUUUUACAUACAUUCUGUCCCCUCUUACUUUUAAGUAUGCGCAUUGCGGCCGCAGGAUAGCAUAGAGAGUCAAAAGGGAAAAAAAACUUCACUCAACUUCAUUCAAUACUCACCCCGCUCACCCUUCUCACCCUUCUCUCAACUAAUUAACCAACUAGUCACAACAGGCCCGAACCCCCCCACCCCCAUCAGAAAAACUCCCGAAAACCUC